ACCAAACGGGCCAAAGACCAAUCGGCCACUCUUUCCUCCACACAUGACAUAAGCAAACAAGCGCUGCUUCGCUCCUUGGUUUCCAAUUCCAUUUCCUCUCCUCUUCUUCAUCUUCUACUAUUUCCCCCUUCGCAUGUUCUCGGAGCUCCGGCUCCCUUAACGGAGCCCCAGCUCGGAUCCAAUUCGCCCCACCGAAUCCCCAUCUUCCCUUCUUCUCCAAUCUCUCGAUUUCGAUCAACCCAUCUCCUUCACUCGCUCUCUCUCUUACCCUAAUCGUUCCUCCAUUGUUCAGAUCUCGAAUCCCUCCCAAUGUCGAAACCGUGGGGCAACAUCGGCACCUGGGCCGCCGAGGCCGAGCGAGAGGAAGAGGAAAUGGAAGCCGCAGCAGCAGCCUCCUCCGUCGCCGCCGCCGCCGCCGCACCGGCCAACUCCCAGAGCUUCCCAAGCCUCCGCGAGUCCGUCACCGCGAAGCCCAAGAAGAAGAAGAUGAGCCUGAAUGAGUUCUACUCCGUCUCCAGCGCUACCUUGAACCGUCCCGUCGCGUCCAAGGGGCUCACUCCGGACGAGAUGCUCCGUCUCCCCACAGGCCCACGCGAGCGCGACCCGGACGAAAUGCAGUACGGGACCCGUGGGUUCUCCAGUUACGGCCGCUCCGGCGGCCCUCCACCCGGAAGGAACCGGGACGAUUUCAACGAUGGCGGGUCGUGGGGCGGUGGUGGUGGUGAGAGGAGGCAGUAUGGCGGUGGUUACGAUGACGAGCGGCGGGGUCCUCCUAGGGUUUCGGAUUUCGAUCAGCCUUCGCGAGCUGAUGAAGCGGACAAUUGGGCAAUGGGGAAGAAGGCUCUUCCGUCGAUGGAUUCUGGCCGUCAGAGUAGGUAUGCGUCGCUUGGCAGCGGCAGCGGCGGCGGCAUGGGAGGUGCCUCGAGGGCUGAUGAUGUGGAUAACUGGGCUUCUGGUAAGAAGCCGGCGGCUGCUCCUUCUAGACCUUCGAACUUUGGGUCUGGGUUCCGUACUUCUGGGCCGGAGCCUGAUCGGUGGACUAGAGGUGAAGGAAUCCGUGAGCUGGAGGCGACGGAGAGACCGAGAUUGGUUUUGAAUCCUCCCAAAAGUGAUGUUGCGGCAGUGACCGACUCACCUACUGAGGCAAUCAAGACGAACAAGCCAAGCCCAUUUGGGGCGGCGAGGCCGAGGGAGCAAGUACUGGCCGAGAAAGGGUUGGAUUGGAGGAAGCUUGAAAAUGAUAUUGAAACGAAGAAGACUUCUUCCCAAUCAAGCAGGCCAACAAGCGCUCAUUCCAGCAGGCCUUCGAGUGCACAUUCCAGCAGGUCUGAGGCUGCUCCAGCUGGGUUACUGCAGCAGGGGUUGGAAAAUUUGGCGAGACCAGCUAGACCAAAAGUGAAUCCCUUUGGUGAUGCGAAGCCCAGAGAAGUGUUGUUGCAGGAAAGAGGGCAGGACUGGCGAAAAAUUGAUCGUGAUUUGGAGCAUCGCAGCAUUGACAGACCUGAAACGGAAGAAGAAAAAUUGCUGAAAGAAGAAAUAAAUCAGCUAAAGCAGGAACUCCAGAAAGAAGCUUCAGUGGAAGAGAACAAGGAACCUGCACCGGUGUCCGAUGGAAAUGAUCAAUCCAGCUUACGAGAUGUAAUAAGUCAGAAAGAGAAGGAACUAGAGACACUGACCCGUGAAUUGGACGACAAGCUUCGAUUUGCGCAGAAACCACAUUUUGAAAGGCCUGGUUCUGGAGCAGGACGGACUGGCGGUUUCUACGAUAACAGACCUCCUUCUCGCACUGGAUCAGUUGACGAGUCCAGGAAUGCCGAGUUUAUCGACAGACCUCGUUCGCGCGGUGCACAAGAUAUAAAUACAAGGCCCGUUGAUGAGAGAAGGUCGUAUCAAGGUGGCAGGGAAAGAGGAUUUCUGGGUAGCAGAGACUUCGACAGGCCAAGAUCAAGGGACAGAUGGUGAGAGCAGCAAAUUGCAUGGGGUUGAGGGGGAUUCCUUGGGAGAAGUCUGUCAUCGGGUUUUGACAAGCAGAACCAAAUAAUAUUGUCUCACUUAUUUCCCUUCCUCUCUCUUGUUGUUCAUUUUGCUUUUGUUUUUGGGGAGUGCUCUGGGGAAACAGAGCAAAAGGAUCGUUGAGUCUUAGCAUUGAGACAUCGUUUUUUUUUUGGGUUAGUCUGUUGUUUAUUCGUUUCUAAUCCCAAAAACUGUGUAGAAUUUGCAGCCCCCAUGUUUCAUCUUUUUUCCCCACCAACCAUUUUUGGUUUUCAAUUUGUUUCUAUUGAUGCAAGGAGGAGCCUGUAUUUGUUGGUAGGUAGGAAGGAAGGCGAGGACUCGUCUUUUCUUUUGAAUAUUUCACUGAACAUACUCUGUCUCUCAGACUUUCUUCCAAGGAGUUGAGUUCAAUCUGCAUUGUAAUUUUCCAUGCCUUUCAACUAGAACAGCCUUUAAACAAGUUCAUUCCCCUGUUGUCAAUCAUUGUGUGCUUUCUUGGCAA